UUGUGAAUGAGACGCACAGUUACUCAAUGGAGCCGCGGGGGGCUCGGGCGGACGCCGCGCGGCCGCAGCGCUGGCGGUGAGCCGGGAGAGGGGCUUCUUUUCCUCCCUCCCUCCCUCUCGCUGCGGCCGCUCCUGAGGAAGCCGGCGAGAGGCCGCCGCGCGGGUCGCAGGGCCCGCAGCCCCGAGGACGGCCAGACUGGGCGGCCCCGCGGCGCCGUCACGUCCCGGAGGAGCGGGAGCGGGGCCGAGGCGGCCGGACGCGGAGGAGGCCGGCGGCCCACGGGAACGGGCGCCUGCCGCUGCGGCCCUUCGCCCUGGGCUCUGCAAGGUCUUGAUUUCAUAUUCUCUUUUUUAAUUCCGGGCGGCUAACAGCUCCUCGCCUGCACUUCUUUUUUUUCCCCCGGGAGAGGAGGGGGAGUGUGAGGAAAGGAGCGAAGAAAAUAAAAAAGGAUUUCCUCCCGGAAGAGAGCGACAGUUCGGAGAGAUUUUUCUUAAGGAAACAGCAGCGGCGUUAGCAGCCGCCACGGGCGCCGGGCCUCGCCGGCCCGACCAUGCGCAAGCCGGCCUCGGGCUGCUGAGGCGGGGGACGCGGAAGCGGAGGCCGAGCGCGCCGGGUCCGGAGCGAGUUCUGCCCGCCGGGCGGCGGCGGCGGCGGCGGCGGCGGCGGCGGGAUGGAGCCCGCGACCGCACCCCGGCCCGACAUGGCGCCGGAGCUGACCCUGGAGGAGGAGCAGGCCACCAAGCAGUUUCUUGAAGAGAUUAACAAGUGGACAGUGCAGUACAACGUUUCUCCGCUCUCUUGGAACGUGGCUGUCAAGUUCCUCAUGGCCAGGAAGUUUGAUGUGCUCCGUGCCGUAGAGUUAUUCCACUCCUACAGAGAAACUCGAAGGAAGGAAGGCAUUGUGAAGCUGAAACCUCAUGAGGAACCUCUCCGUUCUGAGAUCCUCAGUGGAAAAUUCACCAUCUUAAAUGUUCGGGACCCAACAGGAGCCUCCAUUGCCCUCUUUACUGCCAGACUGCAUCAUCCUCACAAGUCAGUUCAACACGUGGUACUUCAGGCUCUGUUUUACUUGCUGGACAGAGCUGUGGAUAGCUUUGAAACUCAGAGGAAUGGACUGGUGUUUAUCUAUGACAUGUGCGGUUCUAAUUAUGCCAACUUUGAGCUGGAUCUUGGCAAGAAAGUUCUAAACCUGCUGAAGGGAGCAUUUCCAGCUCGUUUGAAGAAGGUGCUGAUUGUGGGAGCACCCAUAUGGUUCAGAGUGCCCUAUUCCAUCAUCAGCCUCCUCCUGAAGGACAAAGUCCGGGAGAGGAUUCAGAUAUUAAAGACAUCUGAGGUCACCCAGCACCUGCCCAGGGAGUGCCUUCCAGAAAACCUGGGUGGAUAUGUGAAAAUUGACCUCGCCACUUGGAAUUUCCAGUUCCUACCCCAGGUGAACGGCCACCCAGAUCCCUUCGAUGAGAUCAUCCAGUUCUCCCUCCCUCCUGCCUUAGACGGGGACUCGGUACAUGUUCCAGGUCCCCAUGCUAUGACCAUCCAAGAGUUGGUGGACUAUGUUAACACCAGGCAAAAGCAGGGAAUAUAUGAGGAGUAUGAAGACAUCCGUCGUGAGAACCCCGUUGGCACUUUCCAUUGUUCCAUGUCUCCAGGAAACCUAGAGAAGAACCGUUACGGGGAUGUACCCUGCCUGGACCAAACUAGGGUGAAGCUGACAAAGCGAAGUGGCCAUACUCAGACAGAUUACAUCAAUGCCAGUUUCAUGGAUGGCUAUAAGCAGAAGAAUGCUUACAUUGGUACACAAGGCCCUUUGGAGAAUACCUAUCGUGAUUUCUGGCUCAUGGUAUGGGAGCAAAAAGUCUUGGUGAUUGUCAUGACCACCCGCUUUGAGGAAGGCGGCAGGAGGAAGUGUGGCCAGUACUGGCCUUUAGAAAAAGACUCUCGGGUCCGAUUUGGCUUCCUCACAGUGACCAAUCUAGGUGUGGAGAACAUGAACCAUUAUAAGAAAACAACGCUAGAAAUUCUCAACACAGAGGAGCGGCAGAAACGCCAGGUGACCCACUUCCAGUUCCUGAGCUGGCCAGAUUAUGGUGUCCCUUCCUCAGCAGCUUCCCUCAUUGACUUUUUGAGAGUGGUCAGAAGCCAGCAGAGUCUGGCUGUAAGCAGCAUGGGAGGACGUUCCAAAGGGCAGUACCCUGAGCCACCCAUCGUGGUCCACUGCAGCGCAGGCAUUGGCAGGACAGGUACCUUCUGCUCACUGGACAUCUGCCUGGCACAGCUGGAGGAGCUUGGCACCCUUAAUGUGUUCCAGACGGUGUCACGAAUGAGAACCCAGAGGGCCUUCAGCAUCCAGACCCCUGAGCAGUACUAUUUUUGCUACAAGGCCAUCCUGGAGUUCGCAGAGAAGGAGGGCAUGGUGUCCUCUGGCCGCAACCUGCUGGCCAUGGAGGGUCAGUAACUCUCCCACGAGCCUCCUACCUGCUGGCCAGCCUUCCUUAAACUAUCCUGGACACCGCUGGGCCUAUAGGUUGCCAACAGUUAUGCUGAAGCCAUGGAUCAACCUUUCUCUUAUCUCCUGGCACACGUGUACACGCAAGGCAGCCUUCCCUUUGGCUAGAUAAAUGUGGUGAAAUUGCCUCUAGAAAGGGCCAGCAGCAAUGUGUUCUGAAUUCCUAGCACCUGCUAUCAAACUGUGCCUUAUUAAAACCAAAUUGUGGCUAUUGAUUUUUGCCAGGGGCCCCGAGGUAAGUGGGGAAGGAACCUCCCUCCUGUUUCCCAAUGCCAUUCUCCUUCUGGAGGUCUCCUCUUUCCCACUCCUUCCCUUUGCUAGGAUAUUAUGGGAAGAUUUGGUGAGCAUUCACCUUCCUCCCCAAGAGCUUGAUUGACCAAGUUACAUAUUCUAUAGAUCGUCCUGAGUGCCAAGCACGUUUAUACACAGGGCGUGUAUUCCAGUCUUUUCUGUCAUUCUGUGUGUGUGCGUGUGUGUAUGUGCACUUACGUGUAUGGGUCCAUAUGUACGUGUGUAUAUAAUAUAUAUUGUAUGUGAUAAUAUGAUUGUAUUCUAUAAAUACAUAUACACACAGAUACUCCUUUGUAGAAGUUCCUGGGGCUCCAUGUUGCAGUUCAGGGCUCCUUGGUUCUUGGAUCCUACUGUUUACCCUGGAGUAGCUGGGGUUGGGGAUCCUGUCUCCUGUUGUCACACUGCAGAGUGGUGAAAGAGGACACACACACACACAUCUCCUACAUGCUCCUGCCACGGGCCCUCAUCCUUAAGUAAUGACUUACCUCCGGAUGCUGCCUGUUGGAGCCAAGGAUAUUGGUUUGUGGUGACACUGGGUUAAUUCAGCAUGGGUUGCCCUUAUCUGAUGAGUUUUUUCUGUUUACUUGGCCAUUUUUGGGAACAGACCUCCACUGUGAUUCCAUGUUCUCUCUUUCCUCUCACUACCCCGGGGAUGGGAGACCCCAGGGGUAGAGAUGAACUCACUGAGCAGCCAGAGCCAAAAGCGACUGGUACAAAGUCUUAGAAGGAAAGAAGGGGAGCCCAGGUGUGAAAGGAAACUACUAUGAGAAUCCCUCCUGGGAGGACAAGCUGUGGCCCCCUUUUCUUUUGCUGGAUGGUUCCUUUCCUUAUGCAGCUUGGCCCUGUCUACCAAGAUGCCCAUCUCUUCCUGCCUGCUAGCCUGCCAGACCCUGGAGCUCGAGCUCAAGCUCAAGCUCAAGCUCAAGGUUCUGUGCCAAUAAAAAGCUUAACCCCCUGGCUGGGGGAGGUGGUCCCCUACUCACUGCAACCUGUCCCUGCCUGCUCCCAGUUCACCCAUCCUGAUGUGCCAGGGAUGGAAUCAAGAGUCCCUAGCACUCCACAUUCCUAUGAAAAUUCCAGGAACCCUUAAACUUUCCCUCAUCAUAGAAGAGGUUGGUGGCUAAUCAGACCUCAAUAAUUUUAUACUGUAAUAAGCUCUUUGAAUAUGUAUAUUCUUAUUUUUUACAAUCAUUUCAUUUUGUAUUUAACAUUAAUGGACUGAGUCAGAUUCAGAAAAUAGUUGUAAUGUUCAUAAUCAAUAUCUUAUAGUGAUACAGUUUUGUAUUUACAUAUAAAUAUACCGACAUGAUCAAAA